AUGGAACGUGUCGAGAAGAGCGAAGCUUCUGCGCUGCUGGAUUGUUCGCUCGACAACCUCGACAUCCUGAGAUGUCUGCUUCACUACGGAGCGGAUGCGAACGAGAUUGACUUGCGAGACGUGCAAUCGCGGGAUCUGCUGAUAUUGUUGCUUGAAUUCGGCUACGAUGUCGCAAAGACUGGCCACACCAUUCUGCAAGAUUUCGCUGGCGACCGACAGGUACUUGAUCUGCUACUUGACCACGGUGUCGACGUCAAGAAAAUCGAGACAGCACGGACCGCAGAUGGUCUGGCACUCUACCCCGGCGGCUACGACAACUCGAUCAAAAUUCUCAAUGGUUCGGCGGCGAAUGCAGACGUUGAGCUAUUCGAUCAUCUGGUCUCGAGAGGCGCAGAACCAGCCAGAAGUCUAGCUUUGCACUACACAUCCAAGUGCAAGGUCCCGGAAAGCGCAGUCACAAUACUCUCGCAUCUCCUGGACGUAUAUGACAUGGACAUUCAUGCCGACACUGAUGAUCUACGUAACUUCUUCCACGAUUCACCUGAUUCCGGCACGCCAUUGUGUAGUGCCAUAUAUUACAAGAACCUGGCCGUCGUUGAGGCACUGCUCAAAAGAGGCGCUGAUCCAGAUCGGUGUGGAGCGACGGGUCAUUUGCCGACUUCUAAAGCCAUGGGUGACGCGCUUUUCGAAGGCUUCUUGCCUGCACUUGCACCACUCUUGGACGCAGGUGCCGACCCUACGCUUGCGCUGCGCCAUGCCGUCAAGAGAGGCAAUGUCGAUUGUGCUAAAGUCUGUCUGGGCUACGGUGCGGACGUGAAAGCUGGGUUACAGAUAGCCCAUGAAAGAGAAGUCAAGCGAUUGAGGGAGUGGGCGAAUAUGCCAGCAGAUAUUGUGGACGAUGAGGCGCCACGAUAUGAGGCACAGCGAGAACGAAACAUUGCUAUGAUUGACUUUUUGGCGAGCUGGAAAGGCGAUCAAAGAGUGAAUCACUUCGCUCGGCGGCUGCGCACACGAUUCUACAGCUUCGACCAUGAUCAUGCAGCGCUUCCAAAAUGA